AUGUCUGUCGAAUCCUUUCUGAAGAGUAAGACUGGCUUAGAGGAAAGGUUAGCAAACCACGAGAGCACUGAAACGUUACGGGGAAAUGCCCUUGAACUACAGAAUCAGCUAAAUCAAAUUUCCAAGGAGUUAGCCCCCCAUGAUUUACAAAAAUAUUCUAAGGAGUUAGACGAACUGCUCAAGAAUAUCAAUGCAAGGGUUCCACCUCAAGUAGUUAAACUUCAAUUUAAGAAGAAACCUAAACCCAGAUUAUUUCAGAAUAGAUCCAAGAAGGUGACAAGUAACGAACGUAUUACUCAAUCUCAAAUGGUAUCAAAUCAAGAUUUCAAUAUAGUACAAGCUACUGCUACUUAUGAAAACUUACAAAAAUGCACAAUCAUAGGAACUCACUUUAUCAACGACACUGGGUCAUUAACUUUCAAAGAUUUACAAUCGUGUACUAUUAAUCUCUACGAAGCAACCUUCCGUGAGGGGAGUAUUAUCAUCUCUAAUUGUAACGAUUGUUCCAUCUACAUUCAUACCGGUAGAGAAACCCAAUUAAGAUUGCACGAUUUGAAAGGGUGCAAGCUCAUGAUUAGACCAUCUCAAGCUCCUCAAAGAAUAGUUAUGGAACGUUGUAGAGAAUGCGUUUUUCAUGAGGUUUGCGAACCUUGGAUUACUAUCCAAGAAUUCGACAAUUUAGCACUGACGCAAGAAGAGCAACGUAAUUAUACAUUUGUAUCGUUAGAAGAUUGGUGGUAA